AUGAGGCUACCAAUUCUCAGAAACAAUAGCAAAUUGCCCGGUGAUAUAGCUGCCACAUCCUGCGCCGUGGAAGCUGUCGUCAUAGUUAUGGGUCUGACUGGUUCGGGCAAAAGCACGUUCAUCAACGCGGCCGCCCAAGAUGUCAACGCGAUACCCGUUGGGCAUGGUCUAGAGUCUACUACUCGCGAGGUCCUCGCUGCCACCAUCAUCGAUCCGAGGAACGGCUCGGGGAAGAUUCUUCUAGUUGAAGCUCCCGCGUUCAACUACGAAAUACAAACCAUUCGCAAUUCCGAACGCCUACUUGUGCGCUGGCUUGAUGAUACGUCCUAUUCUUUCCAGCGUGACGCGGUACGGGUUCUUUACCUCGGGAAGAUCUCCGACCCCAGGAUUACCAUCUCCCCCUUCGUACAUCUAGGCAUGCUCGAGCGUGUUUUGGGUAAGAAUUUCAACCAAAAGGUUCAUCUCGCCACUACAAUGUGGGCUCGGGCUCCGCUCUCAACCCUGACGAAAGCCGAGCAAAGAGAGAAAGAGUUGCAAACCACGCAAUGGCAAUCUUGGCUUAACUCUGGAUCCCGCUAUCAUCGCUUCGACGGAACUUACCAAUCAGCUUGGUCCAUAAUCGAGGACGCAAUUAAACCCGCCUCUCCCGAUGUCCCGAAUUCCCAUCUUCAGCGGAACCGGUUCUCGCGAGUGCUUAGCCUGUUUACGAGGAGCCGGUCAACAACAAACAUGGCUCGAGAGGGAGGAGACGACCUUUACAUAGCUAUCAUGGGGUUUUCGGGAAGUGGCAAGAGCUCUUUCAUAAACGCUCUUUCUGGGAGUGAAGGGUGCCAGGUCGGUCAUGGGCUUGAUCCUUGCACCCACAACGUGACAACGGUGAAGAUAUUCGAUCCAAAGAGAUGUGACCGCCCACUAGUCUUCAUCGAUACACCAGGUUUGGACGAUCACGUUUCUCCAGACCCGGGAGGCUUUCGCGGUAUGGAGCAGCAGAUGAGCGUCAAGAAGGAUACCCUGUCGUGCAUCAUCUACCUGCAUCGUAUCGAAGUCAACCGGAUGGUACCCACGCAGCUCAGCACCCUUUUGCGAAAGAUCUGCGCCUCCUCACUAUGCCGCAAAAACGUUUUACCUCCGUCUCUUUUCGUGACAACGAUGUGGAACGAUGUCGGUGAAGAGAAAGGAAACUACCAAUUUAACCUUCUAAGGAGUCAUGUCCCUGGAGCGUUGCGGAUUGUCCGCCACGAUGACUGCCGGGAACCGGCUUGGGCCCUCCUCGAUGAUGUUAUAUGCAGAGCGAAUGUAGAGUUCGCUGCGGAAGUCGCUGCAGGUGUUGCACGGCUCAUCCACCGUCUCCGUUCAGACGACCCGAGUGGCAGCGACGCUCGACAAUUGAAGGCCCUAGCCGAACAACUUACCAAGUCUCUGCAUGACCUCCGCACGUUGAGUUUAAAUCCUGACGAGUGGUCGACCCGAGUGGACCGAUACAACCUCUUACGCGCCCAGUUUCAUACCAAGCUCACUGAACUUCGAGAAAAGGGUUACGGUCGAAUGAUAAGUGAGCAUGUUUGGCGGCGGGCUAAAAUACAGUUAUAA